ACUUCAGAGUGUGCUGGUGCAGUGACGUGCUACGUAAAAGGACACGUGUGUGUCCGUGUCGUCGGCGAUCAUUUGUGCUCCAGUCAAAUACCACGAACAGGUUUGGGCACGACACACAAGGAGCCGUCCUACUUGACAGCAACUGAAGUCACCUGCAGCACAGCUGAGUUUGCUCCGAAGAGUUAAAGAGUAAGUGAAAUGCAGACUCAAAUAAGAAGAGGACAUUCAUGGAAAAAUAAAUUACUGUCAUCAUCUCGUCAGAAAAAUCUUGUAUGUCCAGGUUUGGUAUUUCCAUGAGAGGAGGAGGAGGAGGAGGAGGAAGCCAUAAAGUGAAAGAAUGAGAACGUUCAAGACAAGAACAACAGUUUUGCAUUUAGUAGCCGAGUACAGAAAAUGUGGGGCAAGUGAACCUGCAGUGAUUGAAAAAACCACUCGUGACCACGCGUGAAUACAUGAACAGCAGACUCACCUCGGCAUCACUGCUUCCUGCCUCUCUGACUGAAGGAGAACAUGGCGUCUGUGUCGCUCAGCUCUCGCCUGGACAAGAGCGUGCGUCAGCACUACCUGAGCCUGCCGCAGGGAGGGAAGUGCCAGGUCACCUACGUCUGGAUCGACGGCACCGGAGAGGAAGUCCGCGGCAAGACCCGGACCCUGGAUAGUGAGCCAAAGAGCACAAAGGAUAUUCCCGAAUGGAACUUCGAUGGCUCCAGCACGUUCCAGUCCGAAGGCUCCAACAGUGACAUGUACCUCAUCCCGGUCUGCAUGUUCAGGGACCCAUUCACCCUGGACCCCAACAAACUGGUCCUCUGCGAGGUCCUGAAGUACAACCGCAUACCCGCAGAGUCUAACCACCGGGCCGGCUGCAGCAAAGUGAUGCGGGAGGUUAAAGAGCACUGCAUUUGGUUCGGUAUGGAGCAGGAGUACACGCUGUUUGGAACAGACGGACAUCCCUUCAGUUGGCCUGCCCAAGGAUACCCACUCCCCCAGGGCCCUUACUACUGCGGGGUGGGGGCAAACAAUGCUUACGGACGGGACAUCAUGGAGUGUCACUACAAGGCCUGCCUCUACGCAGGGGUCAACAUCUAUGGCACCAAUGCUGAAGUAAUGCCAUCUCAGUGGGAGUUCCAGGUGGGUCCCUGUGAGGGAGUAGACAUGGGCGACCAUCUGUGGGUCGCGCGCUACCUGCUGCAACGCGUGUGCGAAGACUUUGGGGUCAUCGCAUCGCUGGACCCCAAACCGAUGAAGGGCAACUGGAACGGUGCCGGUUGCCACACGAACGUCAGCACCAAGCAGAUGAGGGAGGAAGACGGACUGGAACACAUUGAGCAGGCCAUCGCCAAACUGGAGAAAAGGCACAAGGAGCACAUCCGCGUGUACGACCCCCACGGAGGCCGGGACAACAUGAGGCGCCUCACGGGUCAUCACGAGACCUCCAGCAUCGACCACUUCUCCGCCGGCGUGGCCAACCGCGGCGCCAGCAUCCGCAUCCCGCGCCAGGUGGGCCAGGAGAAGAGGGGCUACUUCGAGGACCGCCGCCCGGCGUCCAACUGCGACCCCUACGUGGUGACGAAGGCCAUCGCCUGCACCUGCCUGCUGGACCCAGAGCAGGUAGAGGAGGGCAAGUAGGAGCCGGCCGCACUGGCAACGUACAAGAUAUUCAAUACGUGCCCCUGUGAUUUCACCUGAGUUAGACUCUUGAAAAGCGAGACAUUAAAUCAUGCAGACUUAAUUAUUACAGUGGUUGCUGUACUUAGUAUAUCUUAGUUUGUCAUACUGUAUGUAUAGACGUCCAUGUGCACAGAGAGCUACUUCCCCGGUACUGUCACUCUCCUCAGAAAAGAGAAACUGCGCGUUCUGCACUGUAGUUAUUGAUGUUGUGGUCGUUCUGAGCUGACAUGCUUGCGGUGCUGCAUUAAAAUAUGAGAACUUAUUGACACAAAAGACA